GCCAUCCCGAAACUUUAAACCGAACGAGCGUUCUUUUCUUUUUCGCUGUUGUGUACACUCCCAACUCUCUCUUUCUCUCUCUUUCUCUUUCUCUCCCUCACUCACACACAUACAUUCAUCCCUCUUUUUUUUCUCUCAUUCCGACCUCACACUUUCAUCAACUAUGACCGCCCUCACUUCCGAAUUCCGCGAGUCGACUACGAACGGCAACGGCCAAGCACGUGUCAAGGUCGUGGACGGAUCAAGUAUCAGCAAGUCUGCAUCUGUAGCAGGAACAUCCGUAUCGUUCGCCAACGAUCACUUCUCACACUUGACGCUCUAUACCGGGAACACCAUGCGUACCGGCACCACAGGUCAGUUGACCACCAACCUCAAAAAGUCGAACCAGGAGUUGGUUUCAGCCCUGCAGGAGACAUUGCUUUACUCCCUGGAGUCUGCGCAGAUCAAAGAUAACACUAUCACUAUUACGGACGAGACUAGCGUUGAAUCUCUGGAGGGCGACCGUUCCUCGUACGAAAUCACAGUCAAGAUGUUCUAUCUUCCAUCGUCCACAUCUUCAGGAAUAGGAGCACCAUUAUCGGUUAAGCAUUUGGACACCGCCAUUUCAGAAUUGGAAGCCUUGCUUGGAAUCCCUGACAUCAAGCUGGACCACUUCAUUCUUGCGCUGCCAAACCAGACCUUUGAUGAGAAUGGAUUGGAUGAGUCCGAGGUCGAAGCGUUCACACAGGAGGUGCAAACGAUUGUCUUGCCUGUCUGGAAGCGACUUUCGGAAUUGCGUCAGGGCGGUCGGAUCGGCCGUUUGGGCGUGACCGAGUUCUCGAAACAACAGCUCGAGAUCUUGAAAAACGCUGCUCUGAGCCACGGAGCGGUCGCACCUGAGGUGAACCAGGUCAAUCUUCAGGACUGCUGUGUGUUGCCCAGGGAUCUGAUCAGUUAUGCGAAGGAACACGGCAUUGAGCUGUUGACGCAUGGUGAUUCGACGAAUAUCUUGCCUCAGGAGACGUUUGCAGGAUUGUUGAAGCCCUAUUUGCCAAGGGCUGCGAAGGAAUUAAGACCGAACUUUGUGCUCAAGUACUCGACCUUUAUUACGUGCAGAGGAGUGAUCACGAAGAAGGGAUAUAUUGUUGAUGCGUCAAGCGUAUAAUACCAAGUAGAAACGCGAGUUCUUUGUUUUUUUUUUUUUUUUUUGAAG